AUGUCUCACUCCUGGGGAACACUAGCAGCAGAAAGAACCACUUUUAUUAUGAAAGAAAUCCCUUUUGACUGGAGACUUUCGCCGAAUGAUCUCUCAAAUGCGAGGAUUCAGCGAAGCAUCACUGGGCCUUUUAUUUGCAAGUAUCUGGAUCGGUUUGAACGGGAAUACCUAAACCAUGAUACAAUUUCAAUACUGAGGAGGAUUUGGAAUGGAGAAUGGACUGCUGUUCAAUGUGUGCGGGCUUCCUGCAAGAUUUCCUGUAUUGCCCACCAAAUUGUGAGUUCCAUCAUUUCGAUCCCUCCUAUUGUCGAUUGUGCUUCUGUUUAAAAGGUUUAAAAAGAGGUAUACCACUCACUCAAGUAGAAUCCGUGCUUGCUCAAUAUAAUGAUACCCGAAGCUUUGGAAAAGGCCAGGAAAUUAGAUGAAUCCUUUAAAGGGGGCCGGGGGUCUGUCAAGGGAUUUCUUCAUGGUCUACCAAUAAGUGUUAAAGAUCAAUUCCAUGUCAAAGGUUCAGAUACAACCAUGGGUUAUGUUGGAUGGAUUGGCACUUUUGAAGGAGAUGGUGAUGAUACCAAGGUGGGAGCAGUAGAAAGUCAGGUUAUUUCAGAUUUGGAGGGACAAGGUGCUGUGGUUUUCUGUAAGGUAUCCAUCUCCCCACAAGUUUUGGAGCAGAUAUACUUAAGCUGACAAUUGAUAGACCAGCUUGCCACAAACUGUUCUCGUAAGCUUCGAUUUUUUGUUGAGCUGAAGUAGCAUUAUGAUAAUUGGUAUCUAGUAUGAUGAAACUAUAAAUAAUAUCAUCGGCCAGACACUUAACCCAGUCAAUCGACUUUUAUCCUGUGGAGGCUCUUCUGGAGGUAUUUGACAAUUCUUUCUCGGUAUGAACGUCCAUGGUCUAAGGCAGCAUUACAGGCGAAGCAGCACUUAUUUCGACGGGCGGAAGCUCACUGGGAAUGGGUACCGAUAUCGGUAUAUCAUUAGCUUCCUCAUACAACUGUACCCUUGACUAACAGCAGUUCAGCAGGCUCUGUUCGGGUCCCAGCUGCAUUUUGCGGCAUUUACGGCAUUAAGCCCAGUCAUAAUCGGUUUUCCUACAGAGGAGUUGCUAAUACUGUUCGUCCAACACGCCAUUGUCUCCCAACCGUUCCUCGGAACUCACUAAUCAUACUGAUUACUCUUCUGCAGAACCCAGGACAAACACUAAUUCCCUCCUCCGUAGGUUUCCUUUCACGCUCACUUGAAGGUCUAGAAUUAGUCAUGAGCAGUCUCCUCUCAACCUCACCUUGGCUUCGCGAUCCCGCUGUUGUUCCAAUUCCCUGGCGUGAGGAUGAUAGACUUAAAGCCAGAAAAAAGCUCAAAUUUGGCAUAUUUUGGUGGGAUGGAAUGAUACAACCUCAUCCGCCAGUUACACGUGCACUGGAAAUGGUUGUGAAUACUUUGGAAUAUGCAGGACAUGAGGUAUUCCUCUGUUGCGACGUAUGAUUACACAGGUGCAUGUUAAUAAUAGAUUCAGGUCGUAGAUUGGUGUCCACCAUCCCAUAGUAUACCAGAGCGACUUCACGCAUGUUGUUCCAUUUUUUCCAUGUACAUGUCCAGCAACUAACAUACCUACAGCCAGCUAUAAUGAACGCGGAUGGUUCUCACCAUAUACAGCAGCAGUUAGCAUUAUCGGGUGAACCAUUAAUCAAUGAUUUACAAGGCUUCUACACGUUAAAAUCACCAAUGUCUCUUCUCGAAUACCAAGAUCGAGCACUGCAACUACGAGAUUAUAGGCAAGCAUACUGUGAUUACUGGAAUAGUACGGCAGAUUCAAAUGGAAAUAUGGUCGAUGCAGUAUUAAUGCCAGCAGCACCUCAUGCUGCCGUUAUACCUGGAAAAUGGGUACAUCUCGGUAUGUUCUCUAAUAAACUUGAGUAAAUAAUUUGAUGUGAGCUGAUGCUAAUAAAAAAUAGCAUAUACGGAAGUACUCAAUCUGCUUGAUUAUACGGCAUUAGUUAUUCCAGUUACGCAUGCGGAUAAGCAUAUGGAUGAACUUCAUGCUUAUGUACCGGUUAGUGAGAAGGAUUCGAGAAAUUGGACGGCGUAUGAUGCGGAGAUAUAUCAUGGUGCGCCGGUGGGGAUACAGAUUGUAGGGAGAGUUUGUGAGGAGGAGAAGAUUAUUGGGGUGGCGGAGGUUGUCGAGGGGGCUUUGGGGAUGUGA